AAGGGUUAAGAAGUCCCAAAGAACAGAAGAGCCUCAAUUUUCACAGUACCUUUCUGUUCUCCUCUCUUUUCUCCUUCUUCCAAUCCAAACUGGCUUGGCUUAAUGUGUUAAAGCGCUACUAAAAAACCUGUUAAUUGGCGGAAAGCAGUCAAUCCAUCAUCAAAAAUCAGAUGAAAACGUUGCGGGUCAGCGCCAGUGGGUCGGUUUACCCACUUCACCACCUCCGCCGCCGCCUCCGCCUCCGCCAUAUCCCUUGAUCCCCUGCUACAUAUCACCUCACAAAGCCCAAAACUUCCAUCUCCAUCAAGUUUCUCUUUUCCAACGGAAAAGCAAGAAAGGCACACCCCGAAAAUGGAUCAAUCCUUCAUGCUGAUGCUAUCCAACCUACUACACCUCCACAACCACCUGGACCCUACCACCUCCCUCCUCUCCGACCUAACUUCCUCCACCUCCUCCUCCGCCUCUUCCUCCGACGCCACCUCACCCACCUCCCUCCUCACCUCAACCUCCGCCGCUCCUCUUCUCUUCUUCACCAUAGCCUCCGUCCUCUCCUACCUCGCCUCCCAACCCCCUUCCAAACCCUCCAACAGAAAUACCAAAACCCCCAAAUCCGCCACCUCUAAUAAACCCCCCUCCUCCUCCUCCCCCUCCACCGCCAACGCCGAAUUCUCCGUCUCCGCAUUCCGGGCCCUCUCCACCGAACACAUCUGGGCCAUGGAAGCCCCUCUCCGCGACGCCCAAUGGAGAUCUCUUUACGGGCUUUCUUAUCCCGUCUUCACCACCGUCGUCGACAAGCUUAAACCCUAUAUCACUCAGUCCCAGCUCUCUCUCCCUUCUGACUACGCCGUCGCCAUGGUUCUCUCCAGACUCUCCCAUGGACUCUCUGCUAAAACCCUAGCUUCCCGGUAUGCCCUUGAACCCUACUUGAUUUCCAAGAUUACCAACAUGAUUACCCGAUUGCUGGCCACCAAACUCUACCCAGAAUUCAUCAAAAUUCCGGUGAGUCGACGCCGAUUGGUCGAAACCACGCAGGGGUUUCAGGAGCUAACUGCAUUGCCUAACAUUUGUGGGGCGAUUGAUGGAACAGCUGUGAGACUUCAUAAGCUAAAGUCUGACAUAAUUAACCCUUCCAUGUAUUAUUCCAGACACGGGUUCCCUUCGAUUUUGCUUCAGGUUGUCGCGGAUCAUAAGAAAAUUUUCUGGGAUGUUUGUGUGAAAGCCCCCGGUGCGUUUGAUGACGCUACUCAUUUUAGGGAUAGUUUGCUGUAUAACAGGUUAAUAUCGGGGGACAUCGUGUGGGAUAAAGCGAUGAACGUGAGGGGGCAGCAUGUCAGGCCGUAUAUAGUUGGGGAUUGGUGUUAUCCCUUGUUGUCGUUUUUGCUUACUCCGUUUUCUGGGAAUAGAACGGGGAAUCCAGCGCAGAAUGCCUUUGAUGAGGGGAUUAUGAAAGCGAGGAAGAUGGUGGAAGAGGCGAUUGGGUUGCUCAAGGGGAGGUGGAAAAUCCUUCAGGACUUGAAUGUUGGUCUCAAUCACGCUCCCCAGACGAUUGUGGCGUGUUGUGUGUUGCAUAAUUUGUGCCAAAUUGCAAGAGAGCCGGAGCCUGAUCUCUGGAAGGAGCCAGAAGAGAGUGGUUCAGCUCCGAGGGUGUUGGAGAAUGAGAAGUCGUUUUAUUAUUACGGUGAGAGCUUGAGACAAGCCUUGGCGGAUGAUCUAUACCAACGACUUUCUUCAAGAUGACUGGAAGAGCAUCAUCAUUCAUCCCUGUUGGCUGAUGCUUUUUAGCAGCUUUCACUUGACGAAGCUUUCAAGUAUAAAUCCCUCUUCACAUGCAAUCUAACUCGCCACAGCUGAUCCUGACCCCCGUGUUUUUCCUUCACAUCUGCUUUAAUUAGAUUCGGUUUGUAGCGAAUUUGUAGCUGUUCGGGAGAGAAGUCGACCUGACACUAAAUAGGUCGGAUGAAGAUUUGUAACUACCUGCCUUGUUCUAGUUUCUGUUUCAGUCUUUGAUGUUUAUUUUUGGUUAUGCUCAGCUUUUUUGUUUUUCUCUA